AUUUUGCUAUAAUUUCAUUCUGACAGUCAUUUUGUGAAGAGGUAAAGAUGCAGCAGCAUAAUGGUAGUCAACCACCAAGUAGUCCUGCUAAAAAUAGAAGGAAAAACCCAGAUUAUUGUGGAAAAACAUUCCUAAGAAAUGUUCUCUAUGUCUUCAAUUUUGUUUUCUUUUUCUCUGGUGCUGCUUUUUUAGCUGUUGGCCUGUACAUUAUGCUGAACAGACAUUCCUUUGUAAGUUUGCUUGGAGGAACUAUGUUUCCAGUAACGACGUACCUUCUCAUAGCAACAGGUGCUCUCAUCAUCGUGAUUGGCUGUGUCGGAUGUUUUGGGGCGUGUCAGGAGAACAGGUGCCUCCUCUUUACUUAUGCAUUCUUUCUUCUGUUGAUCUUCCUGCUAGAGGCUGUAGCUGGUGUGUUGGCAUAUAUGUAUAAUGGUGUGAUAAGCGAAGAGUUAACAAGAAAUUUGAAUGACACAAUGAUGGAGAAAUACAUGUUUGAUACAACCAUCACCAAAGCCAUAGAUGAUAUGCAACAAGAGUUUUUAUGCUGUGGAUCAAAUUCCUUUGAAGACUGGAAAUAUUCUAAGUGGUUGAAGGGAAACCAAGCAGACAAACAUAAGACACCAGAUAGUUGCUGUAAAUCUUCGAGUGAGUUGUGUGCAGUCAGGGACCAUCCAUCCAACAUUAACUAUGUGGGUUGCAGUAGAAGGUUGGAACAGGUGACUAAGGAGUCUCUUCUUCUCAUUGGUGGAAUAGCCCUUGGAUUUUGCUUCAUUCAGGUGUUUGGUAUAAUCUUCUCAUGCUGUCUCAUCCGAAAGAUCAAAGAGGCCAAGUAUCGUUACUGACAACGAGACAGAGUCAAGCUUAGAGUACAGUUCAGACCUAGAUCUGCUUUUAACAACUGAACAAUAGUCUUAGAUAACUUUGAAAUGUAUUGAAACUGUUUACCUGAGUGGAAAUCUGCUCAAUUUAAAAUCUCAUUGAAUUUACACUUUGUAUUGUACUUAGACAGUUUUAGUAAUACAUGAGAAAACCAAUAAAUUCUUGUUAAAGUAUAAAACUGAAAGAUGAGUACAGGCGAAAUGCCUAGAUACUGUCCAAAGCUUCUUGACUUACAGAAAAAAUAUGAUAUUAUAAAGUUAAAUAGUUGAUUAUCUUACUUAAAUUGAUUCCAGUUAAUUUAUAUUUACCCAUGUAAUUAAAAGUGCCAAAAUUGCCAAUACAGUUUUGUACAAAUUAUUUUUCUUUGACUGAGUUGAAAGACUACUGCGCUAUGACAUAUAGUGCAUUGUGGAGAUUUUUGUGUAAGACAAUUGCUCUCUAUAUAAGCAGGUAAAAUGGCAAAGUAGCUAGAUUUUUGUUAGUCAAAGCACUAUAGAUUUGUUCAGUGUUAAUGUUUGUAAUUUUGUAGCUAGAUUAUAGACCUAUUCAAAUCUUUCAGAGAAGAAUAUACCCUUCUCGAAUGAUUUUAUUUUCAGGAUAGGAAUGAGUCAGCUUACACUUUUGUGAUUUUUGAACCCAGAAGUGUUAAGAAUUUGAUAUACAUUUUGUUUUUGUAAUUUCAAAAUAUAGAGUCAAUAUGAUAUGUAUUGGUUUAUUUCUGAGCUGUAUUUUAGUUUGACUUUGGUAAAGAGAUAGUUGUCAACCUUUAGCCUGCUAAAUUUCUAAAAUGAGCUGGUCCGUCAUUUAAUUUGGAUAAUACCAUUGAUUAUUUGAAGGGGUGUUCACUGAAAAUUUUCUGACUGAAUAGCGAACGGUGCAGACCAUGGUCAGCCUGUACAGCUGGUCUUGUUCUGAACUGGUGGCAAUGGCAGAAUCACCUGCCGCCAGCAGACUAAAGGUUCAUUCAAGCUGAAAGGGAUGGUUUUACUUUAAAAUGUCAUUAUUCACAUUUCAUGAUAAUGAGUUAGCGAUAUAGGUGAUAUCCUAUGUUUGACAUCCUAUGUUUGGCCCGUUAACUCUUGAGCUAACUUCUCAUUGUGCCUCUUUAUUAUAGUUAUAAUGUAAUGGAGUAUUUUAGCACCAGAAAUUUAUUCUUAACUUCAAGAUUUGAUAUAUUUCACAUUAUUUCACCCUUAUCAUGCCGGACAGAUUUAUUCUGCCUUUCGACCAGUGCAGAUCAUGAUCAGCCUGCACAUCCAUGCAAUCUGAUCAUGACCUGCACUGGUCGCUAUUCAGUCAGUAUCGUUUUGGCAUGCACCCUUUUUAACAGUUAUAAUGUAAUAGGGUAUUUUAGCACCAGAAAUUUAUUCUUAACUUUAAUAUUUGAUAUAUUUCACAUUAUUUCACCCUUAUCAUGCCAGACAGAUUUAUUCUUUCUUUCGACCAGUGCCGAUCAUGAUCAGCCUGCACAUCCGUGCAGUCUGAUCACGACCUGCCCUGGUCGCCAUUCAGUCAGUAUCGUUUUGGCAUGCACCCAUUUUAACAGUUAAUAGUACUGUCCGAAUUGAAAGAUGGACAGGUUUAUUAUAGAAAUUUAGCAAGGUACUUGUUAAGCUUUGUAAAAGCUGUGUUUACUGCUGAACAUAAAUGGAAUUAAGAUAAAGGAAAUUUUUGUUUGUAAAUAAACUUAGUUAAUGUAAAGAAAGAUGAUACUAAAAAGAUUUUUACUAGAUUUUUAAGAGAGAGAUUAACAAGAAAAUUAAUGUGUUCAUUUUUUUCGUCAGUUUGUUAGAUUUACAGCAAUACUUGUGUAGUACUUUUUGUUUUGUGGAGUAUAUAAAAAUAGAACCAAUAUAUGCCAGUAUAAAAGACAGUGAUAAGCUUCUGAGGUCCAGAAUUUCUUUUUCUCUUAUUGUCUUUAUUUUUUAAUGUAUGCUUCUUUUAUGAAAUUGAGGACGGAAUAGUAUAGAGCUUUUCGAGAUUUGUUGCGUCUUCAAGAGUGUGACUGUUGUCAUGUAUGUUCUUGUUUAAAAAUGAUGAUGUGAAAAGGAAACUUUGUUUACACAGAUCUGUUGUAUAAUGGAAUUUAAAUUGGAAAGUUUCAGACUUCCAAACCUAUGGUUUAUGUACAGAAAACCUAACUGACAGUUAACGUAUAUUCCCUUAUUAAUGCCUCCAAGGGCAUUAAAUUUUGCAAAAGGAGGUUGUUAAUUAUGACCCUAAUUUUUUCUGGCAUUUUUUAGUAAAUAAAAGCUAUAAAUCUCACUUAUGAUUAAUGCAUUUUAAAAAUUAUUGCUGUACCAUAGUGCUGAUACUCGCUUAUAAAUUAAGAUAUGUAAAAAAAAAAAUUGUUUUGGAAAAUAUGUGAUGGGUGCAUUUAUUAGGGCUUUGGGGGUGGGGGAGGGGGAAUACUAAUUAGGGAAAAUAAUGGUAUGUAGAUUAUUAACACUGGCAGGUUUUUAAGAUAUUUUCAUUACAUGAUACAGUAAAACAUACAUGUACAAAACCAGUAACAAGUAUUAUAGUGCCAAAGCUUCCUGAGCAAACAUAUAACUGUAUAUAUAAUGUAUUUUUUAUAAUUACUUUUUAGCUCAUCUGAUUUUUUGAAAAAAAAUGAUGAGUUAUUGUCAUCACUUGAGCGGUUGUCGGCGUCGGCGUCGGCGUCGGCGUCUGCGUCGGCGUUGCCUGGUUAAGUUUUAUGUUUAGGUCAGCUUUUCUCCUAAACUAUCAAAGCUAUUGCUUUGAAACUUGGAAUACUUGUUCACCAUCAUAAGCUGACCCUGUAUAGCAAGAAACAUAACUCCAUCUUGCUUUUUGCAAGAUUUAUGGCCCCUUUUGUACUUAGAAAAUAUCAGAUUUCUUGGUUAAGUUUUAUGUUUAGGUCAACUUUUCUCCCAAACUGUCAAAGCUAUUGCUUUGAAACUUGGAAUACUUGUUCACCAUCAUAAGCUGACCCUGUACAGCAAGAAACAUAACUCCAUCUUGCUUUUUGCAAGAUUUAUUGCCCCUUUUGGACUUAGAAAAUCAGUUUUCUUGGUUAAGUUUUAUGUUUAGGUCAGCUUUUAUCCUAAACUAUCAAAGCUAUUGCUUUAAAACUUGCAGCACUUGUUCACCAUCAUAAGUUGACCCUGUACAGCAAGAAACAUAACUCCAUCCUGCUUUUUGCAAGAUUUAUGGCCCCUUUUGGACUUAGAAAAUAUCAGAUUUCUUGGUUAAGUUUUAUGUUUAGGUCAACUUUUUCUCUUAAACUAUCAAAGCUAUUGCUUUGAAACUUGCAACACUUGUUCACCAUCAUAAGCUGACCCUGUACAGCAAGCAGCGUAACUCCAUCCUGAUUUUUGCAAUAAUUAUUGCCCCUUUUGGACUUAGAAAAUCAUUUUCUUGGUUGAGUAUUAUGUUUAAGUCAACUUUUCUCAUAAACUAUCAAAGCUAUUGCUUUAAAACUUUCAACAGUUUUUCACCAUCAUAAGUGGACACUGUACAUCAAAAAACAUAACUCUAUCCUGCUUUUUGCAAGAAUGAUGGCCCUUUUUAGACUUAGAAAAUCACGGGUAGGACAAUAUUUCUAUCACACAAAAAAAAUCAGAUGAGCGUCAGCACCCGCAAGGUGGUGCUCUUGUUUUAAUAGUUAUAAAUCUCCGGGCCUUGUGGUGGGUAGGGUUUUAAGUGUAUUGAUCUUUACCCUGAACUCCCAAACCUUCCAAGAAGGCUAAUGUAAUCUUCCAAAAUACUUGAUGAGGUAAGAGUGCUAUGAGGAUUAUAUAAUUUCAAAGUGUCCAAGCCACAGAAAUUCAUUUUAUAAUGAAAUUCAAAGAGCUAUGUGCUUCAAAUUUGAGUGGAUAGUCUGAGCCACAAUUGUUUUUUUCGGACUAAAUAAAAUGUGUUUUUUUUUUCAUAAUGUAUCGCAGUGAUAUUGUUGUGAAAUAUUACAAUUUAAGUUUAUAGAUAGUAUUCAGAAAUUUUUUCCAUAACAUUAAAAAAACCCAACAAAUUGACAAUAUGUCUUUAAGUUAAAUCAACUCUUACAUUAUACAUGGCAGUGAUUCCUGUAUUGUGCGUAUGAAUCUGUAAAGAAAUAAAAGAAAGUGGCUCGUAGAUGUGUUGGUGUGACGUUGAAAAAGAAAAAAAAAAAAGAGAAAAAAAUGAAGUUAAAUAGAAUUGAUCUUGAAACCCUUUCCAGCACAAGGUUCUUUUUUUAGUUAAAUUAGCAAUAUAUUUGUAGUCUUUAAGCUACAGCAAAAAGAAAAGUGUGCCUUUGAGAAAGAAAAGUAGGUACUCGGUUACAGAUGCUACAUAAUUUGAGCCAUGCCAUGAGAAAAUUAACAUGGGUUUGCGACCAGCAUGGAUCUAGACCAGCCUGCACAUCCGCACAGUCUGGUCAGGAUCCAUACUGUUCGCUUUUAAAGCCUACUGCAGUUAGAGAAACCAUUAGCGAACAGCAUGGAUCCUGACCAGACUGCGCGGAUGCGCAGGCUGGUCUGGAUCCAUGCUGGUCGCAAAGCCACUAUGUGGGUUUUCCCAUGGCACGGCUCAUUUGUAAUUUUUUGUAUAAUUGAUGCUAUAUUAAAACACCUAUGCAUUUUCCAUUUCAUUUGUAAUAGUUUGGUAUUGAUAGCUGAUAUAUGUUGCAGAUUUUUUAGUGUUUAAAGGCUUGAGACAUUCCAUAAAUUUUGUGAACUGUACCUGUUUGCUUAUGAUUUUUGUCUUCUAAAAGGAGUGAACAUUUGAGCCACCCCACGAGAAAACCAACAUAGUGCGUUUGCGACCAGAAUGGAUCCAGGCCAGCCUGCGCAUCCUCGCAGUCUGGUCAGGAUCCAUGCUGUUCGCUUUCAAAGCCUAUUGCAAUUAGAGGAACCAUUAUGUUGGUUUUCUCGUGGCCCGGCUUAUUUGUAACGAAGAAUCUUCAUUUCAUUUAUAAUAGUUUUGUAAUGAUAGCUGAUAUGUGUUGCAGAUAUUUUAGUGUUUGGAGGCUUUAGACAUUCCUUAAAUUAUGUGAACUUUACCUCCCUUAGCAUAAUUGUUAGCUUACAAAUAUUGUUUAAUAUGAUUACUUUGUAAAUUUGUUUUCAUUUAUCUAUGUUCAAUUUUAAGAAUUUUAUUACAUGUUAAUUUGGUAACUCAAAUCUUAAAAUUUGCUUUUUUGGAAGCUUUUCGGUUUGAUAUUAAACAUGUAUUAUUAUAGUGGUUGUGAUUUUUUGUGAUAAAAUUAAAACUCAAACGAGACACCAGGUUUUUACAUGCAGCUAUGUUAAGAUUGGUAUGAAUUAAAAGACAAAGAUGAAAUACUUAGAGUGGUUGUGAAUUUUUGUGGUAGCAUUAACGAUAAAAUGAAAUACCAGCUGUUUAUUUAAAGUUAAGUCAAGUUUGAUAUGAAUUUAAAGCAAUUCAGUGCAGUUAUUUGUAACUGAAAAUUUAGAAUAAAUUAAAACUGAGUAACCAGUUUCUAAAUUUGCUGAAAUUUCAGUUCACACCAUUUACUGUAGUUCACUACAGCAUAUCUGUUUGUAUUUCACCAUAACUGCACUUUGGUCUAGAUUUAGAUAAGUUUUGUGACAUUUUUACCAAAGUGUAUAAGUUUGGUUUGUGAAAAGAAUGUGCCAUGCUGACUUUCAGAUUUGAAUAUUUACAUCCGCCAUAUUCUUUUCCAUUGAAAAUUAUGGCAUUCAUUUUAUAUGAACAGCAAGGAAAGGCGUGAAAGUUUCAUCGGUGCAUAGUGAUAACGGGCCACUGUUUUGACGAUGUCCUCCUAUAUUACACUUGUUUUGUCUGGUGAACAGAAUGGCCGAGAAGCUGAUUUUAAUGCUAAAUGCAACAAAAUGUGUGCAGUUUUAUAAUAUAAUAUUGUUUACAAAUGGAAAGGAAAUAUAACGUAAAUAUAUGUAAAUAAUGACACUUUUUUGUCAGUGUUCAUGCGUAAUGAAGGACAGAAUAGGAUCGGCAAAUUAAACAUGAAUCGCUAGCGCAACAAACAUAAGACACCUUUUUAUCUACAAGUCUGUAUAUUUAAUACUUGCAUUUCUUUGAUCAAAUCUGCAGUGACAGUAGUUUUUAGCUCACCUGUCACAAAGUGACAAGGUGAGCUUUUGUGAUCGCGCGGUGUCCGUCGUCCGUCGUCCGUCCGUGCGUCCGUAAACUUUUGCUUGUGACCACUCUAGAGGUCACAUUUUUCAUGGGAUCUUUAUGAAAGUUGGUCAGAAUGUUCAUCUUGAUGAUAUCUAGGUCAAGUUCGAAACUGGGUCACGUGCCUUCAAAAACUAGGUCAGUAGGUCUAAAAAUAGAAAAACCUUGUGACCUCUCUAGAGGCCAUAUAUAUCACAAGAUCUUCAUGAAAAUUGGUCAGAAUGUUCACCUUGAUGAUAUCUAGGUCAAGUUCGAAACUGGGUCACGUGGGGUCAAAAAACUAGGUCAGUAGGUCUAAAAAUAGAAAAACCUUGUGACCUCUCUAGAGGCCAUAUUUUUCAUGAGAUCUUCAUGAAUAUUGGUCAGAAUGUUCACCUUGAUGAUAUCUAGGUCAAGUUCGAAACUGGGUCACGUGGGGUCAAAAACUAGGUCAUUAGGUCUAAAAAUAGUAAAACCUUGUGACCUCUCUAGAGGCCAUAUUUCUCAAUGGAUCUUCAUGAAAAUUGUUCAGAAUGUUCACCUCGAUGAUAUCUAGGUCAAGUUCGAAACUGGGUCACGUGGGGUUAAAAACUAGGUCAGUAGAUCUAAAAAUAGAAAAACCUUGUGACUCUCUAGAGGCCAUAUUUUUCAUGAGAUCUUCAUGAAUAUUGGUCAGAAUGUUCACCUUGAUGAUAUCUAGGUCAAGUUUGAAACUGGGUCAUGUGGGAUUAAAAACUAGGUCAGUAGGUCUAAAAAUAGAAAAACCUUGUGACCUCUCUAGAGGCCAUAUUUCUCAAUGGAUCUUCAUGAAAAUUGGUCAGAAUGUUCACCUUGAUGAUAUCUAGGUCAAGUUCGAAACUGGGUCACGUGCAAUCAAAAACUAGGUCAGUAGGUCUAAAAAUAGAAAAACCUUGUGACCUCUCUAGAGAUCAUAUUUUUCAAUGGAUCUUCAUGAAAAUUGGUCAGAAUGUUUACCUUGAUGAUAUCUAAGUUAAUUUUGAAACUGGGUCACGUGGGGUUAAAAACUAGGUCAGUAGAUCUAAAAAUAGAAAAACCUUGUGACCUCUCUAGAGGCCAUAUUUUUCAUGAGAUCUUCAUGAAUGUUGGUCAGAAUGUUCACCUUGAUGAUAUCUAGGUCAGGUUCGAAACCGGGUCACGUGGGGUCAAAAACUAGGUCAGUAGAUCUAAAAAUAGAAAAACCUUGUGACGUCUCUAGAGGCCAUAUUUUUCAUGAGAUCUUCAUGAAUAUUGGUCAGAAUGUUCACCUUGAUGAUAUCUAGGUCAGGUUCGAAACUGGGUCACGUGGGGUCAAAAACUAGGUUAGUAGGUCAAAAAAUAGAAAAACCUUGUGACCUCUCUAGAGGCCAUAUUUCUCAAUGGAUCUUCAUGAAAAUUGUUGAGAAUGUUCAGUUUGAUGAUAUCUAGGUCAGGUUCGUAACUGGGUCAUGUGCGGUCAAAAACUAGGGCAGUAGAUCGAAAAAUAGAAAAACCUUGUGACCUCUCUAGAGGCCAUAUUUUUUACAAGAUCUUCAUGAAAAUUUGUGAGAAUGUGCAUCUUGAUGAUAUCUAGGUCAAGUUUAAAAGUGGGUCACGUGCCUUCAAAAACUAGGUCAUUAGGUCAAAUAAUAGAAAAACCUUGUGACCUCUCUAGAGGCCAUAUUUUUCAAUGGAUUUUCAUGAAAAUUGGUCAGAAUUUUUUAUCUUGAUGAUAUCUAGGUCAUGUGCUCAAAAACCAGGUCACUAUGUCAAAUAAUAGAAAUAACGACGUCAUACUCAGUUCAACACUGAGUCAUGUGGGGAUAGGUGAGCGAUUCAGGACCAUCAUGGUCCUCUUGUUUUUUAAAACUGAUCUAGACAAGAGGUACAUUUCAUUGAGAAUAACAAUUAUUGAAUUUGCUAGUUUAUUGUAGAUAGUAAUGGAAUCUCAUUUAUUGAUCACAGUGAUUUCAUGUCACUACAGAUGCAUUCAUUUUAUGUCAGAUGAAUUUAUCGUUCGAUGUAAUGUUUAUUUUCUUUUUCUUUUUUGAAUUGACAUUUUUGUUUUCCUUUUAAUGAUUUUUUUUUGUCAUAAGAGCUCGUUUAAUUGUACAAUUUGUACUAGCUGGAUUCGUUAUUGUAAAACAAUACUUUCAAAUUGGGAUAUUUACACAAUUGUUGAACAUAAUGUUUUACCUUUUUUGUUUCAUCAGAGGAACUUUUUUUUAACAGUCUAUUAACGUGUCACUCAGUGAGAAAUAUUCUGGUGGUUGGAACUAGGGUUUGUACGAGUGCCUAGGUACUGGGUAACCUGCCGAUGGAUAGUACUUUAAUAAUUUAGUACUAGACCAACUUAUAUAGUCAGUAACAGGUUAUCUACUAAUGUUAAAUAUCAGUCGAUAUCUGCUGCACAGCUUGGUCUACUGCCAACAUUUGUCUUCAGUCCUGUACUAGAUUUUGUGUCAGCUAAAGACAUUACAAAGUUCUAAGAAUAGGAGGCUAUAUUGUUUCUUAUAGUUAAGUAUUUUAUCAUGCGUAUUCUGUGACAUUCAAUCUAUGAGCAGGUACUUGCUGUAAUUAGGUGACCUCGCCAAUGCCCUAGUCAGCACCAUUUACAAACGUACUUGGCCAUUCUGCACCCUUAAGAAAUAUAGAUUUUUUAUCUACUUGUAUUCAGUUUCAACUAAAAUACUAGAUACAACGCUGUCUUUUAAGAAAAAACAAAAAAUGUGUCAUUGGAUAACUGAUCACAUUUUCCUUUUUUAUAGCCAUAUAUAGCUUGAUAAGCAAUUACUUUAUUUAUUUAGCAGUGAUAUUGUAUAACAUGCAUGUUAUUUUUUGUAAAACUUGUACUGAAUUUGUAUCAUUCGUUUGUUUAAUAAAAUAUUAAAACAACGGUU